CUGUGUCUCUUCUCUAUCUGUCUAUUUCUUUUCUUCUCUCUAUCUCUCCUUUAAGACUCAGGUCUGACCAUGUCACUCCUAAGCACAAGCUGUAUGUUGAUUGCUGCUAGAAUAGAAUACUGUCUUCUUAACUCAUCAUUUAAAACUCCUCAUGGGGGCAGCUAUGUGGCUCAGUGGAUAGAGAGCCAGGCCUGGAAAUGGUAGGUCCUGGGUUCAAAUAUGACCUCAGAAACUUCCUAGCUAUGAUUGCCUAGCCCUUGCCACUCUUCUUACUUAGAACUAGUACUAAGACAGAAGGUAAGUGUUUAAAAAAUCAUUUCAAAAAAAUUAUUUCCAUUUAUAAAAUAAGCUUUAAAAAAUCAUUUCAGUAUAUUAAAUAAGCUUUUCUUUUCUGGCAUCCACAUCACAUUGUUGAGCUUCAGUCCAGUAAAGCCUUUAGGUUCCUUUCAUAUGUAACCACUGAUAAGCAAGAUCUUUCCCCAUCUUGAGGAAACGUAGAUGAUUUUUUGCAGGUAGGGUGUGUGUGUGUGUGGGGGGGGGCGGUUAGUGAAGGUUUUGACCAAAAAUUUGGACCCCCUGGGUGAGAAGAUUCACUCUGCCAGUGUGGACCUAGAGCUGGUCUGUAGUUUAUAAUCUUAGAAAGUUGCCUGGGGCACUGAGAACAUAAGAGACUUGCCAAAGGCCACACAGUCAAUUUGUGUCAGAGGCUUGAACCCUGAUCCUCUUGACUUUUGAGCCGAAUUCUCUGUUCACUAUAUCAAGCCCCUUAAGUGAUGCUAAUCACUAUUAAAUUAAAUAUUAUUAUUUGGGGUUCAUUUUUCUUACAUAAUUUUUUAUUUCAACUUUUCAUAAUUUCUUGUCAGUAUUUUAUCACCUAAUGUUUUAUAGCUGUUCUUCCUGGCUUUGUGCUCUUACAUUUAAUAACUAUAUUACUUUGGAACCAAUACACAUCCAAGUCAGUCUUACACUGGAACAGGACAGUUGAAAACAGAUCUAUGUGGCAAGACCUCCCUCUAGUUGACUUAAACCCAUUAAUGAAAACAUUUGCUAUGGCUCAUAUUAAUUUUAGACCAUAUUUUACUAUUUCCAUCUCAUCUAUAAGGAUAUAAGGGAAUUUGUGAAUGUUGAAUGCCUGGCUUAAAUCAAGAUAUGCUAGGCAUUUUACUAUCUUUUCUGGUGUAGUAUUUAUUUCCAAAGAAAAUAAUGAAUUUAAUCUCUUAUGACAUAUUCCUAGUGAACCCAUCCCAGCUCCUAAAAGUUAAGGGCAUCUCUGGUUCAUUUUUCUUCUUUCUCUCCAUUCUCAUCCACUAAAAUCAAUCAGGCUAUCUAUCUAUCUAUCUAUCUAUCCAUCUAUCUAUCCAUCCAUCCAUCUAUCCUAUCUAUAUAUCUUUAUCUAUCCUGUCUCUUUAUCUAUCCAUUUCCUUUCUCUUCCUGAACUCUGGUUCCACAUUCUCCAGCUGCAUGCUUAAACUCAGCAUUUCUCCAAAUUGAAUUUAUCUUUCCCCCAAAGAUCAUCUGUGCUCCCCACUUUCCUUUUUCCAUGUCUUUAUGGCACGUAGGUAUACACAGUCCUUUACCACAACCAUCUUACUAUUAGGUAAGCUUGUAGAAUUAGAUGAGACAUGUGGGAUCAUUUAGUCCAAAUCUGCACUUUACAUAUACAGGAGAAGGGAAGUUCCAUCAGCCUCUGUGGCCUUUCCACCCUAAAAUAUUCCUAUACCCCAUAGCACCUUUCUUCCAUUGACAAGUUCUUCCAUUUUAGAGGAAGAUCCCAGGCCAUCCAUCUAUCUUUUUCUGUUGUUCUUCCCACUCACACAGACUUGAAAUCACUCAACCUCAAUCCCAUACAUCUAGUCACUUGCCAUGUUCUUUAGAUUUUACCUCAAUAUUUUCCAAAUCUAUCUUUUUUUUUUAAAACCCUUACCUUCCGUCUUGGAGGCAAUACUGUGUAUUGGCUCCAAGGCAGAAGAGUGGUAAGGGCUAGGCAAUGGGGGUCAAGUGACUUGCCCAGGGUCACACAGCUUGGGGAGUGUCUGAGGCCAGAUAUGAACCUAGGACCUCCCGUCUCUAGGCCUGGCUCUCAAUCCACUGAGAUAUCCAGCUGCCCCCUCCCAAUCUAUCUUGUCCUUUCCACAAGUGCUGCUUCCACAACAAUACCUGGACUAAGUUGUACUGGCUUGUCUUCUAGCCUCCUUCUCCUUUUUCUUAUCCAUUCUUCAAACAGCUGCUUUCCAAAGCAGGAAGAUUCUGAGAUAACGGAAAACUUCAUGGAUAAAAGGUCAAUAUACCCUCUUCCUCUGGAGACAGUUUAAAAAUUCUUUUAAGUAUUUUCCAUGGUUAUAUGAUUCAUGUUCUUUCCUUCCCCCUUUUCCCUACCCUAUCCCAGAACUGACAAGCAAUUCCACUGGGUUACAUAUAACUUGAUACCUAUUUCCAUAUUAUUCAUUUUUGUAAUAAUGUUUUAAAAACCCAAACCCCACAUCCAAUAUCCAUACAAACAAGUCAUAAAUCAUAUGUUUUCCUUCUGAAUUUCUACUCUCACAGUUCUUUCUCUCCAUGUGGAUAGCAUUCUUUCUCAUAAACCCCUUGGGAUUGAAUGUGUCAGUCUCUGUGAGCAGUUCUCCUGGUUUUGCUCAUUUUAUUCCACAUCAGUUCCUGGCGGUCUUACCAGCUCUUGUGGAAAUUAAGCAGUCUUAUCUUUCCUUAUUGUACAGUAGUCUUCCAUCACCAUCAUAUACCACAAUUUGUUCAGCCAUUUCCCAACCAAUGGAUACCUCCUAAUUUUCCAAUAUUUUGUUACCACAAAGCACGGCUAUGAAUAUUUUUUUACAUUUUUCAUUUUUAUCUCUUUAGGGUACAAACCCAGCAGUGGUAUGCCUGGAUCAAAGGGCAGACAGUCUUUUCAAGCCCUUUGUAUAUAAUUCCAAAUUAAGGCAGCCUAUUUUGUUAUCCCAAAGUCUGGGCUGCUGUCCGGCACCUGGACUUCCUAGGCCUGUGGGAAAGAAGGGCUCUGGGGAUUGGAGUUUUUCCCAAAGAUAGUUUAUUGUCCCAACUCCAUGUAAGAACGACUCUCCACAUCCGUUUUCUGCCGCUUUCAGAUCCACACUGUCUCCCUCUGUCCUUCCCUCCCUCCUCCAGGCCGUGGUGGUCAGCAGUUUGAUCUGGAUCAUACAUGCGUUAGCAUCCCAAGCCACUUCCAUCCUGGUCCUUGUGGUAAGAGAAUCCUCAGAUAACAGCAAACCCCCCCGCGUAGAAACCCGAAGGCACCAAAGGGGAAAAGUGUCCGCAACUUUGCUCUGCAUCCCGAGCCGCCAAAUCACCAAACUUGUAGCCAGUCAUUGUGUACCCUCUGCUUUGGGGACUCCUCCCUCUCCCCCUCCCUCCGUGCUGUAAUGGGCACUGGGCACCCUGGCACGCCAGUACCCGCCCCUGGGUCCGGCCAACUCUAGACGCCAUUUGCAGGUUUGGGGACUCCUGCUCUAUUUCUUGGGAGUGGGAGAUCCGCCUGCCUCAGCCCCCGACCCCAAGCUCUGAAUCGGGAGGCCGGACUCCCCGGGUUUAUUUAGUCUGUACCCUUAGGCACCGAGCUGGGAAAUGGCAAGAGGAUGGGGAAAGGGGGCAUUUGGCGACCGGCUGGUCACUGGCGGAGCUGGAGAGCAGGACAAACGGGGACCUGCCGAUGGGCAGCUGGCAGGAAAGGGCAAGAUCGCAAAUGAAAUUAGAGCAAUCCUGGUCUGCCUCACUGACUAGAAUGGGCGGGAUCUGCUUGUAUACCUUUCUGGGUCUCCGUGGCCACUCCGGUAGGGCACACUUGGGGCUUUAGCUGCCAGGAGGGAGUGGGAAUCAGCUCGCGGCGGGUGGUUUGGGCGGAGGAAGGACCCAGGGAGUUCUCAGCUCCAGGGGCGAGCCAGAGAGCAGAAUCCCGCUCGGCCCUUGAACCCCGCCUCUGCCUCUCACGCAGGCUCCUCCCCUGAGUCCCGCCCCUUCAUCACGGGUAGCUCCAGAGUCCUAGCCCUGCCUCGCGCUAGGUCCCUCCUCUGCACCACACUAGGCCCCGCCUCUUCCAUCGCCCCGUCCUUGCACGAGGCAGGUCCCUGUGUCGCACGAGGACGCCCUACUUUGACCGAGGCUCCGCCCCUGUGAUUCCCCCCUAUUUGGUGCGAGGCCCCGCCCUUGUGUCCCCACCUAAAGCCAUAUGAGAUCUUAACCCUUGGCACUGCGUAUGCGUAGCACAGGCAUUGCCUAUGCGUCGCACGAGGCUCCUCUGCUCCGCUCCUACGACGCCGACGCUGCACACAGGUUCCGCCCCUUCUCUCCGCUUCUUCUUCUCUUCCGAGGGUGGAGUAUCGGUUUGCUCUUCUGUGAAAUGGAGGACAAGUUCUACUAGAGGGUUAUUGGACGGAAGCAGCUUCCACUCUGCUAUAGGGCCCUUCUGGAUCGGGACCAACCUUCUAAGACCCCAGGGUUUAGAACUGGAAGGAAAGAGCCUAAUAUACCAUCCAGGCAAGUCUCCUUUCUCCAUUCCCCCUUCCCCUCCCCUCCCCCCCCCCUUUUAUCGCGGAGGGCAGAAAGGCGGGGAGAGAGAAAGAACCAGAGUGUAAGUGGGAUUCGCAUUUAGUCCCUCUAAUACCAAACCGCUGCUAUUUGCAUUACUACAAGCUACACCUGUUCCCACUCUAAGCAAAAGGUGUGCCUGGAUCUCCCAAGGCAGUGGCAUAAAAUUAAAAGAGAAACAAGGAUCCCUAAGCCUUAAAUGACGAUACCUGGGCUCCUACAUAUGGACUUAGUUUUAAAUUUGUUAUCCAUAUUUUAUUUUAUUUUCAUUUAUUUUUGUCAACUAUUCCCAAUUAUAUUUUAUAAUGUUUAGGCGGCACUUGGUAGUGUGGUACGCCGCAGGCAGCUAACAAGCCCCACGCUUGACUCCUCUGCUGCGUGAUCAGCCCCUCUCCCCUCUCCUCGAUACCCGCCCAAGUCAGUAUGAUUACAGGAGUAUUUGGUUCCUGAGAUCUACUAUAGAGCUUUCUCAAGGAUUAGUCUUUUGAACCCAGACCCUCAGGGCUUUUGGGGUGGUGGGCCUAGGGGGUGAGCUAGGAUGUCCAUUUUUGUUGAAGAAAUUUGGGAAGAGAUGUUGCUGGCUACACCAAGCUUAGGGGUCCCUAAAUAAAAUGGGGAAUUUGAGGGGAUCGGAAGGGGAAUCACAUGUGGAGAAUUGACCCAGUCAAGCUUGAUUAACCCCAAAGUCCCGCAAUCUCCACUUUCCCACUUCUGUACCUAAUUGGCUUGUGGGGAGGAGCUGUGGGCAGGUUCCUCCUGAAUCACCUGUGGCUGAGAAAGGGGAGAUCCAGCUGGGGAAGCUGGAGGAUGAACUCUCUCAUGACUUAUUCUUCUCUUGGCCUCUCUUGCUAAGGUUGCUUCUCUCCUCCUCUCUCAGAGGAAACAAGGAAGAAGAACUGAUGGCAGCUGCAGACCUGAGGGUCAGGUCUCAGGGUCCUGUGAGGUUUGAGGAUGUGGCAAUAUAUCUCUCGAAGAAGGAAUGGGAACUAAUGGACUCCACUCAGAAGAGACUGUACAGGCAGGUGAUGCUGGAGACCUAUGAGAAUGUUCUCUCAGUGGGAACUCCUCAUGACAAGCCAGCAAUGAUUGUGCAUCUGGAACAAGAGGAAACAGCAUGGAGCCCAGCUCUGCAGAGACCUCGGAAGAAAAAGAAAAAGAAAAAGAAAAAGAAAAAGCAACAGCACCGCCGCCGCCGCCGCCACAGCCUGGAUGAUGGGGCAAAGACUAAAACUAAGGACUGUUAUCCAAAACAGGAAAUUAAUGAAGAUAUAGGAUCACAGAGGAUGUUAUCAGCAGGAGUCUCGGGGGCUAUUGUCCAGGUUCCAGAGUUUCAAGGAAGUUCUGACUGUGAAGGCAGGUUAGAACUACAGCAAGGAAGCACAGCAGGCAACACAUUAAGAAAAUCUACUGAGGAGAAAUAUUUCUGGCAUGUGACUCUUUUGCCCAGCAAUGCUGCUUCAGAGAAGAGAGGCCAUGAAUGCAAAGGAAUCCUGGAUCUGAACUUUAAGAUGGUUCCACACCCAAGAAAUCUUUCAGAAGAAAGAGCUCAGCAAUGUUAUUCUCGUAACUACAGUCACAAACAAAACGCAGUGUCUUUAAGAUAUCAGCUAACUGAUAAAGAAAAGAAACCCUCUAUGGGUGGGGCAGCUGGCAGUUGGCGUUCAAGCUUUGAUUUCAAACGGUGUAAGAGCAAGCUAUACAAGUGUAAUGAGUGCGGGAAAAUCUUUGGAGGGAACUCACACCUUAUUAGACACCAAAGAAUUCAUAGUGGAGAGAGGCCCUAUGAAUGCAAAGAAUGUGGGAAAACCUUUAAUCAGAAUUCUGUACUAGCUAAACAUCAAAGAAUUCAUACUGGGGAAAAGCCCUUUGAAUGUAACGAAUGUGGGAAAGCUUUCAGAGGGAGUUCUGCCCUUACUGAGCAUCAGAGAGUUCAUACAGGUGAGAGACCUUAUGAGUGUAAUGAAUGUGGAAAAAAGUUUAGAGGAAGAGCAGAUCUAAUUCAUCAUCACAGGAUUCAUAGUGGAGUAAAACCCUAUGAGUGCAAAGAAUGUGGGAAAGCCUUCAUACGGAGCUCAGGCCUUAGUCAGCACUAUAGGAUUCAUAGUGGAGAGAAGCCCUAUGAAUGCAAAGAAUGUGGGAAAACCUUCUCAGGAAGCUCAGGCCUUAAUCAGCAUCAGAGAAUCCAUAGUGGGGAGAAGCCCUAUGAAUGCAAAGAAUGUGGGAGAGCUUUUCGGGUGAGGUCAGGUCUUAUUAGACAUCACAGGAUUCAUAGUGGAGCAAAGCCCUAUAUAUGUGAAAGCUGUGGGAAAGCCUUCAGGUGGCGUUCAGGCCUCAACGACCAUCAGAGUGUUCACACUGGGGAGAAGUCUUAUUCAUGUACUAAGUGUGGAAAAGCCUUCAGGGGGCGCUCAGAUCUUACUAAACAUUGGAGAAUUCAUACUGGUGAGAAACCCUAUGAAUGUAGUGAUUGUGGGAAAGCCUUCCAUCAAAACUCUAGUCUUGCUCAGCAUAAAAAAAUUCACAAAGGGUAACUGAGUAUAGUAAAUAUCAGAGAAACUUCUGUCAGACUUGUUUUGCUUGGUCCCAGAGAAUACAAAGCAGAGUCAGACUCCAUAAAUGAUUGUAACUUCUUUAAAGGCAGAGCUGAUUUGUUUUGUAUAGCAAGUAAGUGCUAUUCCAGAUUGGUAUCUAGUCAAGAUGUUUUGGCAUUGGCUCAUCAAAAUGGUGAUGAGGGGAUAGUUAAGAGACACAUUUCUCUCCACCAAAUACCCCUUCUUUUGCCUUCAGUUCACUUUGGCAUGGCCUUUGCUGUCACUUCUCUACCUCUCAUCUCUCUACUACUCAUCUCUCUACCUCUAAUCUAACAUGCUCCAAAAGCUGAUAACAAUUUUAUGGCCAGGUGUUGGAGCAGUGUCCUCAUCUCCAUCAGUCAACACCAGUACCAUUCUUUCAGACUGAAGUCAUCUGCAUUUCAAACGGUUUUCACCAUUUGUAUCUCCCUGGCCUUUUUUGCAUCUACACUUAAAUGGAUGUUAUUUAUGUUAUUUUUCUAGAUAAAAUGUUAGCUCCAUGGACAGCAGGGUCAUUUUUUCCUUAGUUACAUGGUCUUUUUUGUGUCUGGCUUCUCUGUCUGAUUUUUAUUCCUUUUCAAUAGAGGGAUGGCUUUGGAGUCAGGGAGAGCUGGGAUCAAGGUCUGCCUCUAACAUUUAGCAGCUUUGCAACUAUGGACAAGUCACUCAAUCUCUGGCAAUUGUAAGGCAUGCAUGUUUUUUUAUUAAGCCCUUAUUAAAAGCACCUACUCUAUGUCAAGCACUGGGAGAGAUUCUGAAGAUGAAAACUCCAAAUAGGACUGCCCUCAGAGAACUUCUACUAGAGAGAGUAUAUGUGUGCAAAUAAGCUCAGUACAAGAGCCUUAAAUGGGAGAGAGAGUACGACCAUCAGAAAAGAUCAAGGACACUCCCCAGAGAAGGCAGCUUUUCAUCUGCAAGACGUGAAGGAAGCUAUACUCUGAAAGGUAUAAUGAGGUUGGAAGGCAGCCCAGGCAUGGGGCAAAUUCAUGAAAGGAGGAAAUGGAGUUUUGAGUUGAGGGAGCAGUUGAUCAGUCUGACUUGAAUGUAGAGUUCACGAUGGGGGGAAAAACAUAAGGUUGGACAGGUGAGUAGAAAUCAACAUGCCGAGGGCCUUAAAGUCCUUAUAUAUUUCCUGAAUACUUGCCAAAGGUCCACCUCGAGUUCUACUUUUCUCCUAAGCUUUUGUUGACUGCUAAAGUACAUCCACUGAUUAUUCCCAUUUUGGAACUCUUGUAGUAACUUGCCUGUAACAAUUUAAGCCAUGUUUUUGUUGUUCUACCUUAAAUUCUUUGAGAUCAACUUAGUUAUCUUGGUUAUUAUUUUAUCUCCUAACAGUCGUCUCUCCUCUGAAAGUCCUUAUUAGGGGAAAAUGAGAAGGCAAGAUUGGAAGCACUGAGACUCUGUAACCUCCUGGGUCAGUAAUGGAAUGGUAUUUAUUGGACAGACAGCUUGCUGUGUUCCUAUAUGUUCGAUCAGCAUAGACCAUGGAGUCCAGGAAUAAAUGCCCUUGUCCCAUCACAGCCAUUCCUGGGAAGGGGCAGGGUCCAUGCUAGCCCUGAGCUCACUACUUAACAGGAGAGGUGGUUCCUUUUUCCAAACUGUAGGACAUCUGCCCUAAUGAAGAAAGAGAAAUGGCAUAAAGAGGCCAGAAUGUAAGGAGAUGGAAAUCAGAUAGAAGUAGCUUAUAGUGGCUUGGCCCAUAAAGGUUCUACAGUUAAUGUGAAUGAGGCUUUGAGGCCAUUUCCACUCUCAUGAAUUUGUCUUUGAUCAUCUCUUCACAAACAAAUUAGUGUGCUGAGCUGAGAGUGAAGGAGAAAAUGGCAAACUACCUAGCUUUUUCAGUCAUUCCUGGGCAGCCAUCUGGAUCCCCGAACCUGGAACUCACCAUAAAACAUUGAUUGGCCUGGGGCUCCCAAAGGUGUGGAAUGGGCCUGGCAAAUUCCAGAGCAUGCAAUGCCCAUUAAGGACAUCUCCAGUCUCCUUAAAUGAAACAUCUGCGAAGAGGUUCAUCUGUCAGUGUGUGCAUCUCUAUCUGUUGGCCACCAGUUGCUUCAGCUUUGGGGCUUCACAUAUUCUAGACUCAUCUUCUCCCUGGGCUCGCUCUCCUCUCCAAAGUCCUAUUGGUGAUAGUGGAAGGAGCAUCACAUUUGGUAGUUAGGACUCUUAUUCUGCUACAACUACUUACAUGACUUAACUUCCCUGGGACUUAGUUUCUACAUCUGUAAAAUGACCUAUAAGGUCUCUCCACCCUUAAAUCUCGGAUCCUAAUGUCUACAGCGACUAUAAAAUUCCAGUCCCUUCCUACAAAUUACCACACUAGCUUUCACUUGAGAAGAACAAGAAAAGAAGAAGCACUAAAGAUUCACAAUUUUACCUUGGGCCCUGCACUUGGAUGGGAUCUAUAAACACAAGUUGCUCACAAACACCUGGCCCAUUGGUCCCAAGGUUCUGGCUUCCAGGGGAAGGGCUUCACUGAUCCCUGUUGUUUGGAUUACUUAGGUUUUCCAAUUGUUUCUGGAUUCUUCACAGUCUCAUCUUGGAAUAAGAUGAUUAUUCACUUUUGACUAUAGACAGGAGUCAUCUUGUGUGUCUAGUGUCAAUGUAUAGAGUUAAAAAUGCUCAUUUGUGAAGAAUUAUAGAAUCAGAUAAGAUAUAAGAGAUUGGACUUGAGAUGAGAACUCUGAGUGAUGACAUAAUCUAUGAUGAAUAGGACUGAGUUGGUAAGGCUGGAAGGAGGAAGGAGAACAGUAAGGAAGUCAAAUGAGGCUGGAAAUACCAGGAGAACCAAUUCCGGUUAAAUGUAAGUGGGUGGUGAGGACAGCUGAGAAUAGCUAGGUCAACUUCAAAGGGAAGAUCCACAAAUCCUUUAUUAUUUUAAUUUUUAAAUAUUUUUUCACGUUCACAAAUCCUUUAAAGUAACCCAGAUAGAAAGAUCAUUUCUUCCAUAACCAGCAUGGGGAGUGGCAGGAGGGAUGAGGAGAGGUUCUAACUGGGCCAGGGCAGAUCUAGAAAGAGAACCUAUAUAGCCAACCAGCAAUGGCUCAUUUGGGCAGCUGGGCAAAGCAGGACUCCACAGCCUGCUUCACUUGCCUUAGGCCGUGACAAAUGUGAACUGUGGCAGAAAUAGGGACCUCUUCAGUCAAAUAAUGGCAGUAGUUUUCUUACUGUAGACAAGUAAAAGAGACCCCCCUCCCUCCCCUCCUAGUGUUAGGGUGUCAGGAACCUAAGAACAAAUGAAGUUAGCUCCAUUUCAUGGAUUCUUUGGUAGAGAAUGAUUCCAAGGAGAACAAUGUCUUGGUUUCACUGCUCACCCUGUCCUUGACAUUAGCUCAGCAGUUGCAGUUGAAAAACUGUUGUCUACCUUCUCCUGGCUUGUCUUUGCUUUAUCUCCUCUUCUCCUGUGUCACUGCCUCUACUGUCUCAUCUUUAUCUGUCUUUCCCCUCUCAUCUCUUCAACAUGUCCUUUAUCCUCUCUCUCUCUUCCUCCACUCUGUCUGUGUCUCUUCUCUAUCUCCUUUCUCUUCUCUCUUCCUCUACUCCCUCUCUGUCUCCUUUCUGGUCUCUUCUCUCUCUCCUUUCUCCAUUAUGUCUACCUUUACUGUUUCAUCUUUAUCUGUCUUUCCCUUCUCAUUUCUUCAACAUGUCUUUCCUCUAUCUCUGCCUCCACUCUUCUUUAUCUCUGUCUCAUCUCUCUUGACCCCUCCACACUCCUUUUUAUCUCUCUCACUUCUAGUCUUUUUCUCCAUCUCCUUUCUCCUCUCUCUUCCUUUGCUCUCUUUUUUAUCUCUGUCUCUCCCUUCUCCUGGCUUGCCUCUUCUCUAUCUCCUUUGUCCUCUCUCUCUGCCUCUAUUCUCUCUUUCUUUCUCCCUUCUGGCUUAUCUCUUUUCUAUCUCCUUUCUCCACUCUUUCUACCUCUACCCUCCCAU